AUGAAACAGCCUCAAGGCUUUGAAGAUGCUAUACAUCCUUCUCAUACAUGGGCAAAGUAUCUUCAAGAUUUCCUUAGGAAGGCAGCCAUGGUUGAGUGUGAACCAUGUUCAACACCAGCCAAACCUCAUCAACAGUUUCUUAAAGAUGAAGGUGUUUCUCUCCAAGAUCUUACCACUUAUCGAAGUCUAGUAGGGGCUCUUCAAUUCACUUUCACUAGGCUUGAUAUCGCCUAUGUUGUCAAUUCUGUAUGCCAGUUUAUGACAGCUCCUAUAGAGAUUCAUUUUGGUGCAAUCAAAUGUAUUCUCAGGAGAUCCACUAUAGCGGCGCCUCUCACACGUUUGACAAGGAAUGGAGUUAAGUUCGAAUGGUCAGAUGAGUGUGAGGAGAGCUUCAAUGAACUCAAGACCAAGUUGACCACCGAUCCAAUGUUAGCACUUCCGGAUGAUAGUGGGAACUUCGUUAUUUACAGUGAUGCAUCCGGACAAGGACUUGGUUGUGUGUUGAUGCAGCAUGGUAGGGUAAUCGCUUAUACUUCUAGGAAACUCAAGAAGCAUGAGUUGAAUUAUCCUAUUUAUGAUCUCUAUGGGGAAACGUGCCAAAUUUUCAUGAAUCAUAAGAGUUUGAAGUAUCUGCUCAUCCAGAAGGAACUGAAUUUGAGGCAAAGGAGAUGGUUAAAGUUGAUUAAGGAUUAUGACUGCACCAUUGAGCAUUAUCCUAGGAGAGCUAAUGUGAUAGUGGAUGCUCUCAGCAGGAAGUCUUCUGGGUUCGGAGCCUUAUUGGCCACUCUUUAUGUGAGAUCAGUGUUGGUAGAACGAAUACCUGCAAUCCAGUCGCAGGAUCCACUGAUCUGUACACUAAGAUUAGAGGUCGAGAAUGGUACCAAAACUGAUUAUUCAGUGAGAAAUGAUGGAGCUUUGGUGGUGGGUACUAGAUUGUAUGUUCCUGAUGAUGAAGCAUUAAAAAGGGAAAUUCUUGAGGAGGCUCACUGUUCGGCUUUUGAUAUGCACCCUAGCAGCACAAAAAUGUAUCAAACUUUGAGAGAACAUUAUUGGUGGCCUUUGAUGAAGAAUAAGAUAGCAGAGUACAUCAGUAAGUGCCUAGUUUGUCAGCAAGUCAAGGCUGAGUGGUAG